AUGCCUAAAAAGAUUUUAUCUAUAUCUGCGACGGCACUCACGAUAAUACUCCUAAUAUUUACUAUCGUCAACGAGUACAAAUAUGUCACGUAUUCGAAAGAAUUAAGACCAAUAAUAAAGAACGCCAUACCGGUUUCUUGCAUCCCUUUAGAGGAAAACAAUGGAAAAAUAAUACACAUAAACUGCCCGCUACAAGACCAGGAAAUAUUUUAUGCACCACCGGAAUUUAGCAGUAACAUCUACUCAUUUCGAGGCGUGUUCUUCGAAAUAAAAGUGGAGAUGUAUCAGUGGGUGAGGGGGUAUGGGUACUUGGGGUUGUUAGCAAGGGGGAAAUUUGAGGAUCAUGUAGUUAGGACUCCUUAUAAUUUUUUUUUUUUCUAUAAAAGUAGAAAGAAUCCUGAGUACAUGCCGGCCGUCGGAAAUGUGGGAAGAAAGUAUGCUAGUUAUGCAAAAGCUGGGAGCUACAGACUUCCUACAAAUGCUCUGAUAAAUUUUCAAAAGAAAAAAAAGUUGGACUUAGUGGAUGAUGGCUGGUUCACCGAGUCGGACAUAAAACCUCCCUUUACCCUGGAUCAUUUAAACACGAACGUUUAUGAUAAUUAUUUGUACACUGGAGAUCCUCUGAAUCCACAAAUAGGGGAUGUGCGCGUGUCGUUUUACGGAAGCGCGUCUACACACGCAACGGUGAUCGGAGUUCAGCGGUCUCGGUUGCUGAAUACGAUAUUUGAAAUUGAAGGAGUUGAAAUGAUGAAGCAGAAAGUUGUCCUACUUUCUGAGGACAACAAAAUAAUGAUCAAGCAGACUAAGGAUUUUAUCCACAGGAAUUACGGUAGCAUCAGGUCCUUGUGGUUCAUAAGGCUGAUUACCUACGCAAUGGUGUCCUUUCAGAUAUAUUCUCUCCUAGACUACUCGCGAAAUGCCCUGUGGAAACUGAGCACAAGUCUAGUCAUGUCUGGAAUGGUGCUAUCCAUUUUCCCAUGUAUUUUCUGGUUUUUCUGUGACACAGUAGUAUUCCUAUUUCUAUUCGUGUUUCUUUUUUUCCUGUCCGUGUGCUUAUUUUUCAUUUACAAUAACGACAUGUACAGUGGGUACACUGAAAUGAAGAAUUACAUGAAGAAAGCUGUUACAGAGCCCACGAACUACACGUUCCUAGAUGUAGCAAAUGCCUGCUCCGACAUAUAUGAAGAUUAUGAUGAUGUACAGAAAGACAAAAUCAACACCGUUUUUGAAUCCAGUAGCGAUGGCUCUUUUUACAAUUCCGUCGACAAGCAUAACUUGUCCAAGUUUGAUUCUUCCCCCGCCGGGAUGUACCACUAG